AUGGACCCGCAGGCCCAGAGAGCCCAAGAGACUCCUAGCCCAGCAAACCAUCAGGUCCACAGUUCUGACACUUCUGGGUCAGGAACCGGCGGCUUAAAGGAUACCGACUCGUCCAAACAGAGCGCAUCCAAAAAGAGAAGCAAUCAAAGCAAAAUUCCUUCGAACAUGGUAGUUGUGGAUCGUCCUUGGCCUAGGGGAAAGGAGGCCCAGAAUGCUAGACUGGAUCCUUUCAGCAGGCGUGUUGAUGCAUCUACGCCAGACUCACUCAGCCGUUGGUACUGCGCAAAGAUGAAUGAUCAGCCGUAUCAUGCGAUUGGUGAAGUAAAAAGGCCCCUGGGGAAUACAGGCGAGAUGCAAACGAGCGGAGAAAAUGGAGAGAUCUGGCCAUAUGAAGCCCGGCUUGGAGUGACGUGGUCUGGCAGGGCAGUUUACGGUGACGCAAAAACGAGACUGAAUAACGAAAAGCGGGAAUCUGGUAAUUGA